AUAUAUUGAUUACCAACGUCUAGCCUCGCCGAGUUAAAUCGAGUUUGGUCUUCACUAUUCACUUUUGACCGAGUGUUCAAAUUAUUAGCCUUGGGGGAAGAAGAGGGAAAAUUAGUGUAGAGAAACAGCAAAAAUGGCGAUUACAAAGAGGAAUACACUAGAUACUCAAUCAACACCACUCCCUCCUCUUCCCCCUCCUACUAGUACACAACAUGCCAUACACAUUCCAAACAACAACAACAAUGAUCUACAACAAAUCCCCUUUGAAUCAGUUUCAAAUUAUGAGCAAACUAGAGAACAAAGAAUCAAAGAAAACCGUGAACGUUUACAAAAACUCGGCAUUGUUGAUCUUACUCUUCAACUCAACUCUCUUGUUUCAACUAAACGAAUUCCCAGACGUAAUUUUGACAGAAAAACUCCCAUAAAGUCUCUUCCUUUGGCUUCUGCUGAUCCUCCUCGCCGUUCUUCUAGGCUGCAAAAUGCGCCACCGGUGACCUACACAGAGCCAAAGGAGGAUAAAUCAAGAAGAUCUCGUGACUUUGUGUUGGAAGAGGGCGCAAAGCCUGAGGUUUAUACCGAAGAGCAUGAAAAGAUGUUGGGAGAUACUGAGAUGCCCUGGACCUUUUUCGUCGAUGGGUAUAGAGCGGAUGGAACCCGGAUUUAUGAUCCAAUUAAUGGGAAGACUUGCCAUCAGUGCCGGCAGAAGACUCUUGGGCAACGUACUCACUGCAGCAAAUGCAAACUUGUUCAAGGACAGUUUUGUGGGGAUUGUCUUAUAAUGAGAUAUGGGGAACAUGUGGUGGAAGCCAAUCAAAACCCAAAUUGGGUUUGCCCUCCUUGUCGUGGGAUUUGCAACUGCAGCUUGUGUCGCGGAGCAAAAGGAUGGAUUCCAACUGGGGCUAUCUACAGAAGGAUCAAGAGUUUAGGAUUCAAAUCAGUGGCACAUUAUCUCAUUACAACAAAACGUGCUCCUCCAGAUUCAGAGAACUGUUCUGAUGCUCUGCCAUCUGCAAAAAGAGCUUUACCUUUUGAGGGCUUAGAGAUGACUAAUGAUGAUGGUUCGGAUGACAAGGCCAUAGUUGUGCUGACUGAAAAAAACCCACAAUCUGAAAAUGAUUAUACAACUGAACUUAAGUCAGCUUCAAAGCCGGCAGAUGAUGUUGGUAGAUCGAGAAAUAAGUCUACAAAAGAAAAUACUGAUGCUGGUUCAGAAUCAGUGAGAGCAAGUGAUGAGUCCGUUCCAAAGCCCAGGGGUGUUGGAAGACCACGGAGGAGUUUAAAGAAAGAAAAUACUGAUGCUGGUCAGGAAUCAGGGAGAGCAAGUGAUGAGUCAGUCUCGAAGCCUAGAUGUGUUGGAAGACCAGGGAAGAGUUCAAAGAAAGAAAAUACUGAUGCGGGUGAAGAAUCAGUGCGAGCAAGUGAUGAGUCAAUUCCAAAGCCUAGGUGUGUGGGAAGACCACGGAAGAGUUCAAAGAAAGAAAAAACUGAUGCGGGUGAAGAAUCCGCGCGAGCAAGUGCUGAGUCAAUUCCAAAGUCUAGGUGUGUGGGAAGACCACGGAAGAGUUCAAAGAAAGAAAAAACUGAUGCGGGUGAAGAAUCAGCGCGAGCAAGUGAUGAGUCAAUUCCAAAGCUUAGGUGUGUUGGAAGACCGCGGAGGAGUUCAACAAAAGAAAAAACUGAUGCUGGUAAGGAAUCAGUGCUAGCAAUUGUUGAUUUAGUUCCAAAGCCUAGCGGUACUGGAAGACCCCAGAAGAGAUUGAAGAAAGAAAAUACUGAUACAGGUGAAAAAUCAGCUCGAGCAAGUGAUGAGUCAAUUCCAAAGCCUAGGUGUGUCGGAAGACCACGGAAGAGUUCAAAGAAAGAAAAAACUGAUGCUGGUGAAGAAUCAGCGCGAGCAAGUGAUAAGUCAAAUCGAAAGACUAGGUGUGUUGGAAGACCGCGGAGGAGUUCAAUGAAAGAAAAAACUGAUGCUGGUAAGGAAUCAGUGCUAGCAAUUGUUGAUUUAGUUCCAAAGCCUAGCGGUAUUGGAAGACCCCAGAAGAGAUUGAAGAAAGAAAAUACUGAUGCGGGUGAAGAAUCAGCUCGAGCAAAUGAUGAGUCAAUUCCAAAGCCUAGGUGUGUCGGAAGACCACGGAAGAGUUCAAAGAAGGAAAAAACUGAUGAUGGUGAGGAAUCAAUGCGAGCAAUUGAUGGCUCAGUUCCAAAGCCUAGCGGUAUUGAAAGACCAAGGAAGAGAUCAAAGAAAGAUAAUACUGAUGCCGGUGAAGAAUCCAUUAGAGUAAUUGGAACUGUUUCCGACAUGAAUAGUCCAGUUGCUUCUACUUUAACAUCUAACGAGUCAAACUCGAACCUUAGAAGAUCAACAAGGAUUUCCAAGAAAGAAAAAGUUGAUGUUCUCGAGGAGUCUGAGAAAACAAAUGCGACCACUGAAGAUGAAUCUAUUGUCGCCAUGAAAGGUUUAAAGACUCCAAACAGUUCAGAUUCCAAGGCUGACAGCAUUGCUAGAAGGUUAAGGUCAAGGAACAAAACAUAAAUUGUUGCUGCUUGCAUGGAGUUAGCCCCUUUUCUUGAGUGCCUACUACUCCGGUUUUUAGAGAUAUGACGUGUCUUUCAGGAUAGCUCCGGCUUAGGUUCGUUAUCAAGGACACCUUUUUUGAGGCGAGGUACUCCCAUCAACUGUAUUUGGGGUAACUUGUAUGUAUUAUUAUGUGGAGGGAUUCCUUAUGUAAGGACUAAACAUGAAUUAUUGGCUUUAAUGUAAUACAUGCAAUUUUAUCAAAAGCUAACUACUUCCUUCGCCUAUUAUA